UGGACCUAUGAGGAUUGAAACAUGUCUGAACGGAAAGUUUUAAAUAAAUAUUACCCACCAGAUUUUGAUCCUUCUAAGAUCCCCAAGUUAAAACUUCCAAAGGAUCGGCAGUAUGUGGUGCGACUGAUGGCUCCAUUUAACAUGAGGUGUAAAACCUGUGGAGAGUAUAUCUACAAAGGAAAGAAGUUCAAUGCCAGGAAAGAAACUGUACAGAAUGAGAAGUAUUUGGAACUGCCAAUCUUUCGCUUUUAUAUCAAGUGCACACGCUGUUUAGCUGAAAUCACGUUUAAGACAGACCCAGAGAACACAGAUUAUGCCAUGGAGCAUGGAGCUACACGCAACUUCCAGGCAGAAAAGCUUAUUGAAGAAGAGGAGAAAAGAUUCCAGAAGGAAAGAGAGGAGGAGGAGCUCAAUAACCCAAUGAAGGUGCUAGAAAAUAGGACAAAGGACUCAAAGAUGGAGAUGGAUGUAUUGGAGAAUUUGCAGGAGCUAAAGGAGUUGAACCAGCGGCAAGCAAAUGUGGACUUUGAUUCAAUGUUGGUUCACUACAGGGAGACAGAAGAGGAAAUAAAGAGAAGACAAGAAGAGGAAGAUGAGAAGGAGAUGAGGGCAAUGCUUAAUGAAGCCCAGAAAAGGCAACUGGCAACUGAUUCUGAUUCUGAUGAAGAUUAUCCCUCUACUCUGUCUAAGCAACCUGUGAACACCAUUCAAACUGAUAUUCUGGCAAAGACCAAGCUCUGCAGUGACAAAUUGGAGAGCAAAAGGAGCAGACUUCAUAGUCAUCAGAAAAUGUCAAGCCUUGUGAGAAAGCCGAAGACCACAGGCCUUGAGAAGCAAACAACCAACCCUGCUGCUCAUUCUGAAAAUACAAAGAUCCAAUGUGAAGAAAGGCUACAAGGCAAAGGUAACUCCACUGAAAUCCUGUGUGUACCAACAGCUUCAAAAGCAUCGUCUCUGUCUUUGCUGGGAAUGUAUUCUGAUAGUGAAGACAGUGAUUAA